AUGCCGGCUGUAGCAAGCAAACCGACCAAGAACCAGCUGAAAAGAGCUCGGAGAAAAGCUAAAAAAGAAAAUUCAACUCAAGCGCCAAACGAAGAUGUUGCUCAAACUGGCGAAACUCACAAGCCGGUCGUUACUCCGUCGCAGUCCGAGUUGAAAGAUCGAGAUCAACAGCAGGAUGCCACCAUUCAGCUUGAUGAUAGUCUCUGGGCGAUGUACAAGGAUAUCGCGAGCAAAUUUGAAGGAGGCGAGGAGGAAACGACGAAACUCGAAACCGAAAAGCCUCAAGUCUUCUUUGACGACGACGAUGACAUCCCAGACGAAGAAGAAGAACCGAAAAUGUCCAAGAAGAAGCGAAAAGAAAUGACUAAAUUAUCCAUCGCUGAACUCAAAGCGCUGGUACAAAAACCAGAUCUGGUGGAAUGGACUGACACGUCCGCUCCAGACCCUCGACUGCUAGUUCACAUCAAAGCACAUCGAAAUGUUGUCCCCGUACCUACUCAUUGGUCGCUCAAACGUGAAUAUCUGUCUUCCAAACGAGGCAUUGAGAAACCCGCCUUCGCACUGCCAAAAUUCAUUCAGGAAACUGGAAUCUCUGAAAUGCGUGAUGCGGCACUGGAAAAGCAAGAGCAAGCCACGCUAAAGCAAAAGCAACGAGAACGCGUGCAACCCAAGAUGGGCCGUCUUGAUAUCGACUAUCAGAAACUAUACGAAGCAUUCUUCAGGUUCCAAACCAAGCCAGAACUAACGCGUUAUGGGGAGGUAUAUUACGAGGGCAAGGAGUAUGAGACAAAUCUGCGCCAUCUGCGUCCAGGCGAGCUCAGUGACGAGCUGAAGGAAGCACUUAAUAUUCCACCAGGAGCUCCUCCACCAUGGUUAAUCAAUCAACAAAGAUUUGGCCCACCACCGUCAUAUCCCGCAUUGAAAAUUCCAGGCUUAAAUGCCCCGCCUCCUCCAGGUGCCAUGUGGGGAUUUCAUCCUGGAGGUUAUGGUAAACCCCCAGUUGAUGAGCACAACCGGCCCCUGUAUGGUGGCGAUAUUUUUGGCGUACUUCAGACUCAACAAACGGCUCAGCAAGGGGAGCCCGUUGAGAAAGAUCUGUGGGGUGAAUUGCAACCCAUGGAGGAAGAGUCUGAAGAAGAGAGCGAGGAGGAAGACGAGGAGGCAGAGGAGGAAGAAGACGAAGAUGCAAUGAACGCUAUGCAUGCACAAAGCGGGUUAGAGACUCCGAGCGGCUUAGUGUCUACCGUGCCAUCUGAGUUUGGCGCAGCAGAGAGUAUUGGCGGAGAAUUUGACGUGCGUAAACAUCACCGAGGGACAGAGACUGAGGAUAUCACGCAACCGAAGGCUGCAUACCGUGUUAUUCCUGAACAGGCAUCAAGAGUCUCCGGAUUCUUCGGUGGCGAUAGAGUCUAUGACCUUAAAGCACCAGAAACAUCUAUACCUUUGCUGGGAAGUGAGGAGUCUCAGCGUAAACGAAAGAAAGCAGAUGACGUUGAGGUUUCGAUGGACCCCGAAAUGCUACAAAGCAAUGAUGGAAUUAGCAAGGAGCACCUGAAAGGCUUGUACGACGCAGAGAAGAAGCAAGAGUUCUCGCAGUGGAACUUUCAGGAGGAUCUUAGUGAUAUGAUCGCCAGUGAAAGCAAGAGGAUUCGCAAGGAAGAGCACCGUCACGGGAAGCGCUGA